UCAACAUGAUGGCCACUGCACGAACCCCUUGGGGCUGGUUCCUGGGGUACCUCGUCCUUGAGGUCACAGGAGCCUCGGCCUCAAGUGUCAACAGCCGAAUCAUCCAAGGCCAGGACUGCCUCCCACACUCGCAACCCUGGCAGGCGGCACUGUUCUCAGAAGAUGGUUUUUUCUGCUCAGGCGUCCUGGUGCAUCCGCAGUGGGUGCUGUCAGCAGGACACUGCUUACAGGACUCCUACAUGGUGGGACUGGGCCUGCACAACCUGGAAGGCUCCCAAGAGCCUGGCAGCCGGAUGUUAGAGGCCCACCUCUCCAUCCAACACCCGAACUACAACGACCCUUCUUUUGCCAACGAUCUCAUGCUCAUCAAGCUGAACGAAUCAGUGAUGGAGUCUAACACCAUCAGGCGCAUCCCUGUGGCUACCCAGUGCCCCACUCCUGGGGAUACCUGCUUAGUCUCUGGUUGGGGUCGACUAAAGAAUGGGAAACUGCCCAGCCUCCUGCAGUGUGUGAAUCUCUCAGUGGCGUCAGAGGAGACUUGCCGGCUGCAGUAUGACCCUGUGUAUCACCUCAGUAUGUUCUGCGCUGGAGGAGGACAGGACCAAAAGGACACGUGCAAUGGGGACUCUGGGGGUCCCAUAGUGUGCAACAGAUCCCUACAAGGGCUCGUGUCUUUGGGACAAGGACAGUGUGGGCAGCCUGGCGUACCAAGUGUCUACACCAAUCUCUGCAAGUUCACUAACUGGAUCCAGACCACCAUUCAGACAAACUAGCUAUGGACUGACUACACGGCCCACAUGAAGCCUGCUGAGGAAACCUGAGACUCAGAAUUGCUCCCAGCCCUUCUCCCUCAGAUCUACAAGUUCAGGCCCUAGCCUCCUCCCUCAGACUCACAAGUCCAGACUCCAAUUUCCUCCCUCAGACUCACAAGUCCAGACUUCAAUCUCCUCUCUCAGAUCCAAGGAUUCAGACCACAACACCCUCUUUCAGGUUCAGGGAUCCAUGCUACAACCUCCUCCCUGGGACACAGGAGUGGAACCCACCUUCAUGUUCCUAUGUGUGCAGUGUCCUCUAGUAGCCCAGUGUUGACCCAGCCUUGCCUUUGCCAC